CUGGUGAGAAUUAAAGAGGAUCGAUUUGUCGAUGCUGUAGCUUUCCUGCGGAUGGGUAUCAAUGACAUCAAGGGAGAUCCUUUCCAAUCUGAGGCCGGACGCUUCCUGGCGCGUACAUCUGUCAGAGAUGGGGCCAUGAGCAAGCUUUCGGCGAUUUUCAGGCUGGGCGCGGAGAUUAGGGGAAACAGUCUGGGUCGAUCGCCUUUUAUUACCAAGAAGGGACAUCUGGUCCUUGCGUCUGAGCAUGUUCAGCCAGGCGACGUCGUUGCACUGAUCAGGGGAGCACAGGUUCCGUUCAUCCUGCGGCGUCAAAGCAGCGGUCAGUAUCAAGUCAUCGGCGAAGCAUACGUAGACGGCAUCAUGGACGGAGAGGCGAUGGAGAGCUCUAAAUGUCAUGCUGUUGAU